GGGGAUUAUUGUUAUGUUAUAUAGAGAGAGAGAGGGUAGAAAAAGGAAAGGUAGAAAGAGAAAGAGAGACAGAGAGGCAGAUCUGCUUGGGUUGUGUGAAGCUGCAAAUCAAUGGCUUCCAAGAUAGUGUUGAUCACAGUAUUCAUCGUUGAUUUGAUUGCUUUCGGUUUGGCUGUUGGUGCCGAGCAGAGGAGAAGCACUGCCAACAUUGUCCCGGAUAGUGAACAAAACUAUAGCCACUGUGUCUAUGACUCGGACAUUGCAACAGGCUUCGGCGUCGGUGCAUUUUUGUUCCUCAUGGCUGGUCAAGUCCUUAUAAUGGUGGCAAGCCGAUGCUUCUGUUGUGGACAGUCUUUGAAUCCUGGGGGUUCAAGAGCCUGGGCAAUUGUUCUCUUCAUGAUCUGCUGGUUGUUUUUCUUGAUCGCCGAAAUCUGCUUGCUGGCGGGAUCGGUGAGGAACGCCAAACAUACCAAGUACAGGGCAAUAAUAGGCGGAGGCUCUCUUUCUUGCGAAACCUUGAGAAAGGGAGUAUUUGGAGCAGGAGCAGCUUUCAUUUUCUUCACUAGCAUAGUAUCUCAGUUCUACUAUAUUUUCUAUUCCAAGGCUAGGGAAAGCUUCCAACCAUAUGCUAGAGACGCUGGUGUGGGUAUGGGAACCUACAAAUGAGCCUCAUUGAGGUGAUCGAUUCAUGCCUAUUACUUCACAGAUAGAUGUGACUGUUUGGACUCUCUCUACAUCAAUUUGCUUACUCCAUUGCCUGUUUUGAGUUGUAUUUCAUGUGUCAAGGGUUCAAUGUAGUUGGUAAUGGUUCUUACUUUUAGUUCUAUUUCAUAUUUUUUUUCCCCUGUCCUCUUCAAUACUACAAUGUAUUUUUUGCACUGUCAUAUAUGUAUCAAUAAUAGAAAACGUUGCUUGUGUUCAUAUGAAAUGUACGAAAUUGUCAAUGAAGGAUUGAUUGCAUUUUUUUCAGUUAAUUAAAAUGGGGUUCUAUGUUGCGUGUUAGGCAAUGGAAAA